AUGGUUCGCCGCCCAGGAACCCACUCAACCUCUUCGGAGUCCUCAGACUGGGAAGACGCUCAGACCAGAGAGACGGGCGACUGGGCGUCCAAACACUACUCGGACAGUGACUCGGAGCACUGGAGUUGGUCCGACAGUGACUCGGAGCGAUCAGUCGGUUCAAACAGCGACGUCGAAGCGGAGGCGGAGGCAGAGGCAGAGGCAGAAGCUGCCGUGCAAGAAAGGAUCGAGGCCAUGAUGAACACAGGGACGGUGCAUUCCCAACUCGUCGAGCGAGCGACGGAAGCAGAGACGCCCAGUAUCGAGUCCAAAGCACAGCUGAAUGUCGGGGAGGUCACUUCGCUCCCGCUCGUCUUUCCGUCUGCACCCGUUCGCUCCCCUACACCCGAGCGCGUACAAGCGCAAACGCAACCUGCCCCCUCCACAGCCUCACCCCCAUCUCCCGGUUCCUCCGUUGUGCGCGAGGCGGCGCUUGCCACUGCUCCUGUUCCCACGCCGGUAACCACCACCGCUUCUGCUCCCACCCCUAACCUGGAACCAACCCCGCUCUCCCCAAAAGCUAGAGCCGCCCUAGCCCUGCGCUUCUACACUCUCCGCGCUCAACUCGAGGCCUCCCUCGCAAACGAGCUCGCCGCCCUUCCCCCUCCUCGACCCCCCUUCCGCGUCAUGGUCGAGCGUUUCGACGCCUACGAGAAAGCGUACCUCGCCGCCGAGGAAGCCGACCGUCUCUACCGUCUCAACCACGGUCAGUCACCGAAGGGGCUUCUCGCCCGCUUGUUGGAGCGCUUCUGCGGGGAUGGUCCAUUGUCUCAAGUCGCCUUUGAGAGGGAGGUCCCGAGCCCGGCGACGUGGGACUGGCUCCAGGCCGAGAUUGAGUACCGGCCUGUCUUGGAGGAGAGGUGCCGCAAGGAAAAGGAGAUCAGGGGCCGGUAUGAGGAGAUGAGGGUGAAGGCUCGGAGGCAGUAUUUGGAGACGCUAAAGAAGGGUGGAGUGUGGCUGAAAGAGAUGGAAAAGAUGUAA